AUGUCACAAGAUUGGUUUCUUGUUUGCAUCGAUAGGAAGACUUCCUUAGAAACUAUACGGUUGAAACAUGCUGGUCUGGUGGCAGCUGAUUUUGUGAAACUACCAUUUGGAUGGCAAUCGGAACAAUCACAUUUGGCCAAAGGAGGACGCCAAGAAGAUUUAAAACGUAUUGUUGUGGCUACUGGAGCAACAUCCUUUUCUCAUAUUUCUCGUGGCCAGUUUCGCUCGAUCCUAUCUGUGUUGCCCAUUGGUACAACAUGGUGUCAUGAAUCUGAAUCGAGCUGCUGGGUCCAAGCCAAAGGAUACGCUGCAAAAACAGUUCCAUCAAACGGUCACGUCACUGGCUGGUGGAUGAUUCUUGCAUAA